UAACCAUAUAUUUUAGUAAAGACGGAGUUUUUAAUUUUUUAAUUUUAAUUUUUAAGUGAAGUAAUUAUUUCUUUAUUUUUUACUUUUUAGAAUUGUCCUUUAUAUGAAUUGAAACGAUCAAAAAAGAUAAACCAAAAACGCGUGCGCGACCUUUCGAACAACCCACAAACCACGCCCUAUAAAUUGAACAAUUCCCUCAAUUUGAAGAUCCGCCCGUCUCUGCCUUCCUUCGACCCGACCCGAAUUUCUCCCUCUGUAUCAGAACCGCCAUUUCUGUACCUUCGUCGAUCGCUCUCUUUCUUCAUCUUCGAUUCUCAUUCAAUUUCUCUUGCUUUUCUUCUCUGCGUCAGAUUCUUAUUUCUGAGAUCUGAAUCGCUCGUGCAUGGCAGUAAGCUUGUUAGCCCGCGAGGUAUCCGACCUAUGCCUUGGAAAACCUGCGCUUCGAUCGAUAUCCAUCUCCGCCACCGUCGCCGACGCGCUAUCGGUCUUGACGAGGAUUGACGAGGGCUACAUCAGCGUGUGGAGCUGUGGCGAUCACUCCUCUAAGGCCAAUUCGGAAUUACAUUGCCGAUGCGUUGGUAAAGUAUGCAUGGUGGAUAUAAUCUGUUUUCUCUGCAGACAAGAGAAUUUGUUGCAACCGGCGACUGCGCUUCGAUCUCCGAUCUCUGGUUUGAUUCAUGAGGACGUUGGACUCGUUAGGCAUUUGGAACCUCAUUCCAGCUUAAUGGAGGCGAUCGAUCUUAUACUCGAUGGAGCACAUAACCUUGUUAUCCCAAUCAAAUCGAGCACGAGCAAGAGGAAAAACUUCCUUAAGAAGGCAUCCUCCAUCUCCUCCCUCCAUAACGACCGAGAAUAUUGCUGGCUCGCUCCGGAGGACAUAAUCCGCUACCUCCUUAACUCCAUCGGACUUUUCAGCCAUGCCGCAGCCAGCCCUAUCAAUUCCUUCAACAUAAUCGACACCAACAACGUCCUCGCCGUCCACUACGACGAGUCUGCGUUGUCUAUUCUGCCCCUAAUCUCUCAAGCGCUCAUUCACCAAUCCUCUGUCGCCAUUGUUGACUUGGACGACAACUUGAUUGGCGAAAUUUCGCCCUUCACGCUCAAUUUCUGCGACGAGACGGUAGUGGCGGCAAUAGCAACGCUCACCGCCGGUGAACUCAUGGCUUACAUAGACUGUGGGGGCCCCCCGGAUGAUUUAGUACAAUUAGUGAAGGAAAGGUUGGAGGAAAAAAACUUAGAAGCUGUUCUGGAGUGGGUCGAGGAAGAAUCAUCAACAACCUCUUCAUCAUCAUCUUCAAUCUGCUCUUCUUCAGAUGAUGAGUUUGGUUCUGGUUCAGGUAGAAGUGGAAAGAUUGGUGGGUAUUCAGCGAGAGUAGGGAGGAGGUCAGAGGCUAUUGUCUGUUAUCCAUGGAACUCUUUGGUUGCAGUGAUGAUUCAAGCUUUAGCUCACCGAGUCGGCUAUGUAUGGGUCAUUGAAGAGGACGGAGGGCUGGCCGGAAUUGUCACCUUCGCUUCUAUGUUGUCCGUCUUCCGGGAUAGGUUGAAGUCUAUUGGAUAACAUUCAGAGA